AUGACCUCGACAUUGACAUCCCCAAGCAUGACAGCCGCGCAGAUCGGCUCGAAACUAUAUCGUCUAUCGGCCAUUCUAUAUGCGGCCUCGAUCAUAGGCCACACGAAACAUGGCUUUGAUAAAGUCUACCCUGCCAUUGAUGCCAUUCCAGCACGAAAGGAACACGAGGUCGGCAAGGGUGCAGCGAUAGGUGGUUGGGACUAUAUCAAUGCAAGUUUGUUGGUCGCGGCACUCUUGAAUUGGGACUGGGCCCGAUCUCUACGACCUCGAACUCUGGAGGAUAAACUCGUCAUCUACACCUUGUCGGUCGCCGGCGCGUUGUGGAGUAUUCGUUUCGUCAAGGUGAAGACUUAUUUGGCUUUGGUACCACUGUUCAUUGCACCUUCGUGCAGUUUGGCGGCUUCCGUUUUGAAACCAUAG